AUAGUGCUGCAUGAUGACGCAUGUAGUUGAUCUGCAGAGAAACACAGCUUAGGGCAUUUUACUCAACCACUGAGGAAAUCUCUAUACUCUAUGCAAAGCAGCAGGAACAACUCAAGGCAAUGCAGAGAACACUGGAAGAUGAGGAUAAUAAUGAGAAUACGUCUAUUGAUAUUGACCUUAAUGUACUGAAUGGAAAUGUUAGUGGAACUCUACUAAGUAAAAAAGAAACAACAGCAUGUCAUGGAAAAUGCGUGCAGAAGGCAGCCUCUACUAGUUCAGCCCAGAGAAUUGAUAUUUCUAGUGAUGAAGCCAGUGUUACUCAGAAGCAUCACUGUGGUAUAAGAAGUCAGGAAGAAGGUGAAAACACCCAAGAGGCAGACUUAACGAGUGGUGACUGUCUGGUUAAACGUGGCAUUCAUUCUCAUUUAGAUGGUACUGGCAGAACUCCUGUUCAUAAAGGAGGUCCAGUUGGAACUGAACAUGUACUUGAAACUGAAAGCUUAGGACUUGAAGGUGAACGGCAUAUUGAUUUGAAAAAAUGUGGAACUUUAGGUGGGGACAGAAUGCAGCUGGAUGAUGAAACCCAUGUGCAUGAAACUUAUGAGCAUGUUCGAACUUGUCCAGAAACUACACAUAAUUGUCAAUCAAAUUGUCGUAUGGAGUAUAAAAAGUCCAUGGAGAACGCAGAAGGAUGUACAAUCAAGACAGCAGACCUUUUAGCUUCUGAAGUUAUCGGGAGUAGGGCUUGCAGCACCGCUCCUACUGUCCAUGGAGAUAAUGGAUCUCCAAAAAUUGGGGAAAAUGAUGAAGGUGUGCAUGACUCCGGUGGUCUGGUAGCUGAAAUUGAAAGUACACCAUCUUCUGAGGCUGCUGCUGCCAGAGGGAAUCAUGAGCAUGGAGCACUAAGUGAGAUGAUUGGAAUAGUUGCUCCUGAUUUAAGACAGCAAUUUGUCGGUGCCACGCAGGAGUUUGAUCAACAGAGGAAAAACCAGGGCUCUACUUCAGACUCAGAUACUGAGGAUUGUGUUGAAAGUGAUGAUGAUAAUGUAGUAAAAACCGUAAUUUCAAUUUCUGAUGAGGAAAUAGAGGCUAGCAAAGAAGCUGAUGAUGGUCAACAGAAUGAUGAUCCAAUGGAUGAGGAUGAGGAAGCUACUCAAGAAGACUCUGUUGCAUGGCAUUAGCAGGCAUGUGUUGAUAUUUACAGAACCUGUUUUUUUGUUUUUUUUUUUUUGGUAGAAGAACCUGUUUGUUUUUAUCACUAAGCUUUUUAUCCUGCAAAUUAGAAGCUAGUUUCUUCUUGCCCCAAAUCUCAAUUCUGGGUUUUUGAUAACACACACACACACACACACACACACAAUCUCAAUUCUGGGUUUUUGAUAACACACACACACACACACACACACACAAUCUCAAUUCUGGGUUUUUGAUAACACACACACACACACACAUAUAUAUUUCGUUUUCUUCUUGGGGUUUCCAGAUCCACAUGUAUUCAACAUGAGAGGAGGGUCGUUCUGCCUUUCCCCACGAAUCACACAUGGACAAUCUUGCCAAUAUUUUGAUGGCUUUAUGUUGCUCAAAUAUUGAUCAACGUAAAUGGCAAAUGCAGUGAAUUAUGAGAACAGAAACGUUUGAUUUGCAACCAAAGCAAAUGCCCAAGCAAUAUUACUUUUUCUCUUCAUAUGGGUAUUGAAUGCAACUCAACCGUCCCUUCAAAAUGGCCACAAGUAGAAACGGGCAAGUUGGUAAGUGCUACUUAUCUUAUAACCUCAGGUUUUUAGUUGUCAUAAUUAUAAUAGAAGAAAUAAGAAAGGGAGCCAUAGACCAGCAUUAAGGACAUUUUACACCCAAUAAGAGAAGUUGAAGAUCAGGGAAGUUUGUAGAUUUCUAACCUGGAUGUAGAGACGGUGGUGCUCUGGACCACACAGUGGACGUUGAGAGGCACUCUCCAGAAGCAAUCAUUCAUCCUUAUCAACAUUGCAUCGUGCAUGUGAGUCUCUCAGUAUUAUUUCUCAGUUUGGCUUAAUAUUCCUGGCAAAAAAAUAAGUGUAGGGAAAGAAAAUGAAAUCCAAACAUGGGGAAAGUAGAUGAUAUGCUAGGAAUGUAUAUAGGGCGUUUCAUAUUAUUGUUGACUACCUCAACCUAUCCCAAAUUAUGGAAUGAGUACUUGGUUGA